AUGGACAACAACAAGGUGCUCGUCACGUUUGCCACCAACGUGGCCAGUACCUCAUCCUCGGCCGUGUCCAGCCUCCUUGGAGCCAUCAACUCACCCCGUGACGUCGGCGGCGCUCAGCCAUCAGCUGGGCUGUGCUCGUCGCCCAUUCUUGGGCCACUGUGCAGCAGCACCAACUUUGGCUCUUUGAAGGUGGUGGACGGCUGUGCGACGGUCAACCUCCAAUGCACCCCUGCAAUUCUGGUAGCCAAGAAAUGUGUCGUGCCAACCGGCACUGUCGGCGGCUACAUCGUCGUCCGCAACCCCACCACCAGGGCGGCGACUGUCUUCUUUGACGGGGAGGUGCAAGGUGCGGACAGCGAGGAGGUGGCGAUGGAUGCUAGUGGCAACAACGACCAGGGCGGCGGUGGGCGCAAGCUGCUGGCUGCGGUGCAGCCCAAAAACGCCGUGUUCCAGGCAUGCUGCGUCAGCCCCAAGCAGCGCGAACCGCCGAAGGGCAACGCACCAACCUGCAAGCGGGUCAAUGUGGGCAAAAAGAUGAACAAGCUGAAGCGGCUGUCCAAGUGCAAGUGCCUGAACCUGCGGGAAUUCGUCAAGGCGGCAAUGUGA